AUGCCCCCACUCUUAUUCCAGUUCCUUCUCAUAUCUCCUCACAUCCCUCACCAUUCCGUCUCCUCCAUAUUUGGUCCCUCCUUCCUGUGGGCAAAGAUCCCUCCUUCUCUUAUCAUACAAUCCCUCUCCCACCCUCAUCUUCCUCACUCUCAGGAAAAGAGUGAGAAACUAGUGUUGGAAGAAACUGCAUUUGAAGAAAUCGAAAGGGAUUUUCAGGAGGUUCUCAAUGAACUUUCAGGAGAUAAAAGUCUGGAGAAAUUUAGAAUUGAAUAUGAGAAGCUUCAUGCUGUCAUGAAAAAGUCUUAUGACAAUGAAAAGCGUCUGAUGGCCAAAUGCAGAGAGCUAAACGCAGAGAUUGUGGUUAAUUCUGCAAAGGUCGCCACUGCCCUGAAGCUCUCCCAGGAUGAUCAGACCACCAUUGCAUCCCUGAAGAAGGAAAUCGAAAAGGCCUGGAAGAUGGUGGACUCAGCCUAUGACAAAGAGCAGAAGGCAAAGGAGACGAUCCUUGCCCUGAAAGAGGAAAUAGUGAACUUAACCAAACUAGUCGAGCAGGGGUCUGGACUGUCACUGGACCAGGAUAGCAAUAUCCGAGAUUUACUGAAGUUCAAAGAAGAAGUGAUAAAGGAGCGAGACCAGCUCUUGUCAGAAGUGGUGAAAUUACGAGAGUCCUUAGCUCAGACUACUGAACAGCAGCAGGAAACGGAGCGAUGCAGAGAAGAGGCAGAGCAGACCAUCAGUCAGUUCCGGCAAGAGAUACAGCAACGUCAGAAUGAAGCAUCACGGGAGUCUCGGAAGAAGGAAAAACUGGAGAAAGAGCUCAGGCAGAUUCAGACAGACAUGGACACCAGGCAGACGGAAAUUAGGGCCCUGCAGCAGUAUGUGCAGAAGAGCAAGGAGGAGCUUCAGAAGCUGGAGCAGCAGCUGAAGGAACAGAAGAUAUUGAACGAAAGAGCUGCAAAGGAACUGGAGCAGUUUCAGAUGCGAAAUUCUAAACUUCAGCAAGAGAAUGAACAACACAGUUUGGUUUGUGAGCAGCUAUCCCAGGAAAACCAGCAGAAGGCAUUGGAGCUCAAAGCCAAAGAGGAAGAAGUCCAUCAGAUGCGGCUUGACAUUGGGAAGCUCAAUAAAAUCAGAGAACAAAUCCAUAAGAAAUUGCAUCAGAUCGAAGAUCAAAAGUCAGAGGUGGAACAGCACAAGGAAACUCUAAAAAAUCAGAUCUUGGGAUUAGAGAGAGAGGUGGAGACUUCAAAGAAACAAGCAGAACUUGAUAAGAAAGCAAUGGAUGAGCUUCUGAGAGAAAGGGACAUAUUAAAUAAGAACAUGCUUAAGGCAGUCCAUGCGACCCAGAAACAGAUAGACCUGGUAAAGCUCCAUGAACAAUCCAAGAGGAACCUGGAAGAAGAAAUCCAGAACUACAAGGAUGAGGCUCAGAAGCAGAGAAAGAUCAUCUUUCAGCUGGAAAAGGAGCGAGAUCGGUACAUCAAUGAAGCCAGUGACCUUACCCAAAAGGUUCUCAUAAACAUGGAAGACAUAAAAAUCCGUGAAAUGCAGAUUUUUGACUACAGGAAAAAAAUCGCUGAAUCAGAAACUAAAUUAAAACAGCAACAGAACCUGUAUGAAGCAGUGAGGUCAGACAGGAAUCUGUAUAGCAAAAAUCUAGUUGAGGCUCAGGAUGAAAUAACAGAAAUGAAGAGAAAAUUAAAGAUUAUGACCCAUCAGGUAGAUCAGCUGAAAGAAGAAAUCUCAGCCAAAGAGUCAGCACUUGUGAAGUUACAUCUGGAACAGCAGCGGAUAGAAAAGGAGAAGGAAACUUUGAAGGCCGAGCUGCAGAAGCUCAGACAACAAGCUCUGGAGACCAAGCACUUCAUUGAAAAGCAGGAAGUGGAGGAGAGAAAGCUCCUGCGGAUCAUCGCUGAGGCCGAUGGGGAGAGGCUGAGACAGAAGAAGGAAUUAGACCAGGUCAUCAGCGAGAGAGAUAUUCUCGGGUCUCAGCUUGUCCGGCGCAAUGACGAAUUGGCCUUGCUCUAUGAGAAGAUCAAGAUCCAACAGUCCGUGCUGAAUAAAGGCGAGAGCCAGUACAACCAGAAGGUGGAGGACAUGAGAAUUCUCAAACUUGAGAUUAAGAAACUUCGCCGGGAAAAGGGGAUUCUUGCCAGGAGUGUGGCAAAUGUUGAUGAACUCAGGCAGGAGUUUUUUCACAUGCAAAGAGAAUUCUUGAAGGAGAGGAUGCGAUGCCGAGCCCUGGAGGAGGAACUGGAGAACCCCAUGAACGUGCACAGAUGGAGGAAGCUUCAGGCCAGUGACCCCAGUACCUAUGAGCUGAUACAGAAAAUUCAUACCCUGCAGAAGCGUCUCAUCAGCAAGACAGAGGAGGUGGUUGAAAAAGAGCUGCUCCUGCAGGAAAAAGAGAAACUGUAUGUGGAACUCAAGCACAUCCUGGCACGGCAGCCCGGCCCCGAGGCUGCAGAACAGCUACAGAUCUACCGUCACACGCUGCGGGAGAAGACCAAGCAGCUGAAAGUUUUGUCUUCAGAGCUGAAUAUGUACGAAUCACAGAGCCAAGAAUAUAAAUAUGAAAUCGAGAAACUUACCAAUGAACUGAUGAACUUAAAGAAGAAAUACCUAGCUCAGAAACGUAAAGAAUACACUCAGAAAAAUAAGGACAGAAUAUCCAUGGAUAACACCCUCUCAAUGGCCAAGCCAACCGGCCCUCGUUUUACUGGGGGUGGAUUUCCCCUCUACAGGCCAUCCAAAGUGAAGUCCUAA